AUGGAUUUCUUAGAUAAAUAUAGCACAUUUGAACUGUUUAUUGCCUCCGGUUUAAUGCCAGUGGUAUUUGUGUUCCUUUGGUACUUAAUUAUUGGUGAUUUUAAGAACUUCAAGGGUAGUAAAAUUUCCUAUUCGGUGUAUACGGCCAGUGAUCCUGUUAAUUGUUAUCAAAAUUUUAAAAAAUCGGAAUAA